CCUCGACCGUGGUUUAAUCUGGCCGCUAGGGAAUGGGAAGGUCAACUGGCUCUGAGCGGAGUGCGCCGAGUGCCAAGAGGAGGUGGUUGGACCGGAGCCCCUUCGUGGAGCCUUGAGAAGAACCGACCGUCUCACCAGAUUUAUAUUCACCCAAGACAUAACUUGGCAGCUGAUUGCUGUGGAAUGAGAUGCUUUUCUUUGAUUUCUUCUCCAUUUCAAGCCCUUGACACCUGAUACCACUGCAGCAGACUCUUCUGUGGUUAUACAACCCUUCUACUUGGCAUACCUUGUAGAUUUUACUCUCUCUAGAAUCAUGGAAAACCAGUUGGCUAAGUCAACUGAAGAACGAACAUUUCAGUAUCAGGAUUCUCUUCCUUCAUUGCCUGUUCCUUCUCUUGAUGAGUCAUUAAAGAAAUACCUUGAUGCAGUUAAGCCAUUUGCAAAUGAAGAAGAAUAUAAACAAGCAGAAGAAAUAGUUCGAAAAUUUAAAAAUGGAAUUGGAGAAAAGUUGCAGCAGAAAUUACUUGAAAGAGCAAAAGGAAAAAGAAAUUGGCUGGAGGAAUGGUGGUUGAAUGUUGCCUACCUGGAUGUCCGUAUACCAUCACAACUGAAUGUCAACUUUGGAGGCCCUGCAGCUCACAUUGAACAUUACUGGCCUCCAAAAGAAGGCACACAGUUAGAAAGAGGAUCUAUAAUUCUUUGGCAUAAUUUGAACUACUGGCAGCUACUAAAAAUGGAAAAAGUACCUGUUCAUAAAAUUGGAAAUAUACCUUUAGACAUGAAUCAAUUCCGAAUGCUAUUUUCUACUUGCAAGGUACCAGGAAUUACUAGAGAUUCAAUCAUCAAUUACUUUAGAACUGAGAGUGAAGGACACACCCCAAGUCACAUAGCAGUGUUGUGUCGAGGUCGAAUUUUUGUCUUUGAUGUCAUGCAUGAAGGUUGUAUGAUGACCCCGCCAGAGCUGCUCAGGCAACUUACAUAUAUCCAAAAAAAAUGCCACAGUGAACCUGACGGACCCGGGGUAGCAGUAUUAACCACUGAAGAGCGAACCCGAUGGGCUGAGGCAAGAGAAUAUCUGAUUAGUCUUGAUCCGAAGAAUUUGACUAUAUUAGAAAAAAUUCAGAGCAGUUUGUUGGUAUUUUCUUUAGAUGAUGCCAGUCCACAAGUAACACCUGAAGAUUAUUCUGAGGUAACUGCAAUGGUGCUUACUGGUGAUCCCACAGUACGCUGGGGGGACAAAUCCUAUAACUUUCUGUCCUUUUCCAAUGGACUAUUUGGCUGCAAUUGUGAUCAUGCGCCUUAUGAUGCUAUGGUCAUUGUCGAAAUCUGUCAUUAUGUCGAUCAGAAGAUCUUUGAAAAUGAGGGGAGAUGGAAGGGUUCUGAAAAAGUGAGAGACAUUCUACUGCCAGAGGAGCUUGUUUUCACUGUGGACCAUAAAGUAUUAGAUGACAUUGGCCGAGCUAAAGAGCAGUAUCUCAAGCAGGCAUCAGACUUGCAGAUUGUAGCUUAUGCCUUUAAGUCUUUUGGCAAAAUGCACACCAAGAAGAAGAAGCUUCACCCUGAUGCCUUUAUUCAACUCGGGCUUCAGCUGGCCUACUACAGACUUCAUGGAUGCCCAGGUAGCUGUUAUGAAACGGCUACGACAAGGGCUUAUUACCAUGGUCGCACAGAGACCGUGAGAUCAUGUACCUUGGAAGCAGUCGAAUGGUGCCGCGCCAUGGAGGAUCCUUCUGCCAGUCUUCGUAAACGGCAGCAAAAGAUGUUACAGGCUUUUGCAAAGCAUGGUAAAAUGAUGAAAGAAUGUUCGUCUGGGAAAGGGUUUGAUCGGCACCUUUUAGGCCUCUUCCUCAUAGCCAGAGAGGAGGGGCUGCCCCCUCCAGAGCUCUAUACAGACCCUCUUUUCUACAGAAGUGGAGGGGGAGGAAAUUUUGUCCUGUCCACCAGCCUUCUUGGUUACAAACGAGUCCAUGGAGUGGUAGUUCCCAUGAUUCACCAUGGCUAUGGCUUCUUCUACAACAUCAGAGAUGACAGGUUUGUCGUGGCCUGUACAGCUUGGAGAUCAUGUGCAGAGACUGAUGCGGAAAAACUGGUUAGGACAGUAUUCCAAUGUUUCCACGAUAUGAUGCAGUUGAUGAACGCUGCCCAGCUUUAGAGAUGAUUCUGAAUUAAGUUCAUACCAAAAUAUGUAGUUACAAGCUGUGCUGGGCGUGAGUUGGGGCUGUGCAGAAGAAUCUUGAUUUGAUAGAAAGUAGUUAAAUGUUUUAGUAAUUAAGAAGAAUCUGUCAAUAUUAUACUCCCUGUAGCAUUUAUUGCCACAUAUAUGAGAAAUGCAGCACUGCUUCUAAGCUGAAUGUAAUGUUUGCAGCACUAAAACAGUAUAGAACUAUGCAAUGCCUAACAUAUGCCUCAACAAUGCAAAUCCAGCCCUUUUCAUAGUGCAAGUCUUACUCCAGCUUUUAUAAGAGAUUUGUGUUCGUAUCUGUAUAAAACACUGACAUAUUCUUCCCUGGCCAUUGUCUGAUUUACACGUUCCAUCUUCCAUGCACUUGAUCUCUUUCUAGCUGCCAGAGGGCAUGACAGCAUGUUCUGAGGCUCAGCUACCUAAAGUUCAUGCCUUACACUUCUACUGCAGAGAGAGGCCAGGUACAGAUUUACUCAGGGAAGAGACCACUAGAACUAGAUCAUUAUCUUAGAAAAACUAGACUGUGGAGAACAACAAAAACCGGCCUGUAGCCAGAGGGUUGAUACUAAAGAGAUAGCAUAACUGACAAAACAACUUAUCAUGUAUUGCUGCUUAAUGAAUAUGGGUACAAAACACUUGAUACAAAGUUAGUUUUUAAAAAUUUGUGAAGGUUAAACAGCAAAUUCUCAGGAUCUUCCACUUUGUUUGCUUUUUAAAUCAUUUUUUUCUCUGUACACCUUUGUAGUUUUGCAUUCAGAAAA